GGGUGUUUCAUUGAACUUAUUUUUUGUUUUCUGUACGUUCGAUUCGUUUUAUUAAUGUGUAAACUAUGAUGGUCGUUUUGCUUGAACCAUAUUUUCUUCUUGAAGUCUAGCUCGUAGUACACUAGUAUGUGAAUGAAGAAACAUUACUUACACGUUGGUAUCUUUAUAGUCAAGAAAAUGAUACGCAAAUUAAUGGAAAAUAAACUUAUGUCAAAAGAAAAGAGGCAUAUUCCACCAACAGUUAGAAAGUCAAAACGAUAUAAAAGAUUACACUCGGUGUACGCAUUUCAAAGAGUGGCCAGAAUACUUCUUUCCAUCAAUAAAGCAUUUUGGAUUUUGUCAUUACCAUUAUUAGUUGUGAUCUAUAUAUUUACCACUGGACAUGUUCACCGAGAGACGAGGGAAGAUAAUACAAAAACAUGGCUUCUGGUUUUGUGUACAACAUUUGUUCCUUCAAGUCAUCGAGAAAUUGUUUAUAACAAUACUAGGGAUAAUUGGAAGAGUUUGGGAUCAGAUGUGUUACCCGUACUCUUUCUAGAAUCUAAAUAUACUGAAGUAAAAAGAACGUUUGAGGAUAAUGGGUGGGUUGUGCUGCCCGUUGUUGAUGUCAUGUCGGAAGGGUUUCCGGUUAUAAAAAGUUUCUUUUCAGCUAUUAGUAGACACUUCCGGUCUAAGUAUGUUGGAUAUGCUAACGCAGAUAUUCUUUUUAACGACGACUUAGUUCAGACUUUAAAUCUUAUGGAAAAAUACAGACCAUUUGUUGAAAAACAAAAUGAAAUAUUUAUAUCGGGUUCUCGUUAUGACGUUGACAAUAUUACAACGAAAGAUUUUUCGUCUACCGAGAAAAUAAAACAAAUACAAUUGGAUCAUUCUAAGCGCCAUUCACCGAUGGGUCAAGAUUACUUCAUUACUGACUCGUACUAUACGUGGGAUAUGCUGCCACCAAUUGUCGUGGGAAAACAGAGAAUAGACAAUUGGAUUUUAAUAAAUGCAAUCGAAUUCAAUCACACUGCAAUAGAUUCCUCUGAUGUAAUAACAGCUAUACACCAAACUGUAGAUUUAGGUUCAUGGACAGCAGAAAAAUGGAAUACAAACUUGUCCGAUCCAAAAUACAAUGAACACGUGCUGAACGAUCUCCAACAAGAUUUUAUAUAUUUUCAAACCGGAAAUUUAGAUUGUCUCCCUUAUGAGUUUAACUUUACUGUGGCAAAAGAAGUGGUUUUAAUGAAACGACCACAAGUCGCUAAGUUUUGCAAACGGCAACAUGAAAUGGUGGAAGUACUCCGAUUAAGAAAAGAAAAACUAGACAGAAAGAUAAAAUUGGAAUUGAUGAAAAAGAAAAACAAUCAAAAUAAUAACGUGGAGGUAAAGCACAAAAUUGUUAAAAGAUCCCAGGCAGACAUUAUAAAACAAAACAAAGAGACUCUGAAGAAAGCAGGCAUUUUUAAGAAAUACUAUCUAAAAAGAUUGGUGCCUACUUACGACGAAAGAGAUUGAAUUUGAAUAGAUGUUUCUUCUACUUAUAUGUGUGUGACGCGAAGGAGUGGAUACGAAACAUCAUUCUCUUUCGAAAUUUUUACAUUUUUAAAUUAUAUGCAAGACCUUUACGUCUUAUUGCAAAUUUGAAAGAUGUAAGAAUGUUUGAGAUAUGUAUAGUUCUUAUAAUGUCAGUAUCUCGAUGUUUUCCCUAGCACACAAAGACCAAGGGCUGUAUUGUGCGCCAUAGAAAGACAGUUUAGGGACAUUUAAUGUUAAGUGUAAAAUAAAGAGACUGUAGACAGGUAGUCUUUUUUUCAAAUUUUAUACUAGAAAUUUAAAUUGCCACGUAAUAAAAGUUAUCUCCAUAUA